UUUAGAUUCCCCAACACAGCCAUACCCCGACCUUCACUCUCUCGGAAAUGGCUUCGGUCGACAAAUCUCAGUGGGUGCAUCAAAUCAACGACCUUAUUGACCAAAAUGCCCUCCUCCCCGCCUCUCAGACCCCCAUUUCCGUCGUCCGGCUGCCAGAAUCCGUCCACGACGGCAACCCGGCGGCGUUUCUUCCCCGCCAUGUCGCGUUCGGACCGUACCACCAUUUCCGUCCAGAGCUUUACAAUAUGGAGUUGUUCAAACUUGGGAAAGCCAAGAAUCUGAAUUGGAGUCCCCAACUCCAUAAGCUGGCAGAUCAGCUUAUGCCAUUGGAGCUCAAAAUCCGAGCCUGUUUCGAUCAAACCCUUGAAAUUAAUGGCGAAACCUUAUCAUGGGUACUCCUCAUUGAUGGUUUGUUUCUAAUUCAUCUACUUCAAAAUAAGUAUAACAAUCAUCCCCUUGAGUUUCCUUUAGGGAUAUAUUAUGGGAAGUUGUGGUCUGAGUUUGAGAUUGUUAGUGAUAUGGUGAAGCUUGAGAAUCAGAUUCCAUUGUUUGUUCUCAAUGAAAUUUGCCCCAAAGAGCCCAUCAACUUCUUGGCUCCUUUUAUGUACCAAUUUUCUGCGUCUGUUUCCCCAUUUCAAUUGCCCAUUUUUAACCCUGAAUUGGAAUGUUUUGGAUUCUCCUCUAAUUUGCCUGAAAUCUUCAAUUUGUCUCACCAUUUGCUACAUUUCCUCUAUUCUCUGAUUUUACUUAUUCCCGAUGAGGUAGUUGUGGCUUAUUGUAUGCGAUUGGAUACUUCUUCUGCUGCUGCUGCCGAACUUCUAAGUGAGAGCUUGAACAUUUUGGGCUCUGUUAUUAACAUAGCCUUCAUUCAACAAGUCAAAGAGACCUUUGGUUUAAUUCAACGCUUGUUUAGGCUUUUGAGUUCUAUAACUAAACCAAAUUUGGCAGAGAAACACCACCCCCCGCUCCUAAUUAUCCCUUCUGCAUCAGACUUGAAAUCUGCUGGAGUCACUUUCAAAUCCACCAAAAAUGGGAUUCUGAAGUGUUUUUUUAAUGAGUCAACGCUCACUCUAACAUUGCCUUGUAUUCAUCUUGAUGGGUUCUCUCAAGUUUUGCUCAAGAAUCUAGUGGCAUUUGAAGCAAUGACAGAGCUGAAUCCGCCUUGUUUGGUCAAUUACGUUUCGCUGAUGAAUGGGUUGUUGAGAAAUUCCAAAGACUUGAAGGUUUUGGAGAAAGCAGGGAUCGUUCAUAACCAUUUGAACAGUGAAGAAGAGGCUGUGGAGCUGUUUAAUGGGGUUGAGAACUCAACCAGAAGCUUGAAGAAAGAAAGCGUUUUGAAAAUCCAUCUCAAGAGUGGUCUUAAUUUUGAGACUGGAAGUAAGUUCAUUCAAGAUGUCAAGAUGAGCUAUGAAAUGGGAUUGGGGGCCUUGGCUGAGGAGAUCAACAAAUUCUAUGGUAAUUGCUGGAGAAUGAAGAUGAAGAAAUUUAUGUCUAUUGUAUUCAAGUGUUUUGCCAUUCUUCUUGUUGUCUUCCUCAUUGUUCUUGUGAUUGCUCGAUUUGUUUGCAAUUUCCUUAGCUGCCCUUUGGGAAUAUUUAAAACUAGCAUUGCUCUUCAUAAGAUGUUCUGAGGUUAAUUAAGUAUCGGUAUAAUAUUAAAAUUAACUUCACCUAUAAAUUGAUCUAAGAUAGUAUUAGGAUAGCAAGUUCAAGAAAUUUUAUGUUCAAAUCCAAGUUCAAGAAAUUUUAUGUUCAAAUCCCUGUAAUGUUAUAUCUAUAGAAUGUUAAAG